GCCCAGUCUGCUGCGAACCGUCGACGUGCACGGUCGCCGCGUGUCCCCGCACAGAUAUUUGAAUUUACCCCGACAAUUGACGUAAACGUGCGCUCCUUAUAAAUUGGAUUUUCAAGCGGUGUUAUACUGAAAUCGAAGCGAUAAUUUGCAUAGAAAUCGUUACCUACAGAUAACUCCGGUGUGGAUUAAUUUUUGAUUACACUGAUACGAAAAUGUAAAUUGUAAUGUGUUGUGCAAAUAGAUAUUGGUGUUAUUUUUGAGUUGAGAUUAAAUGUUGUUUUGGACUCGAUGUGAAAUUUGGAAAGGAUAUUUUAUUCAGAUGUACGAGAAAUUUGGAGCAUCGGAAGCCGCAACAGUAGGAAACAGGCAAUUUAGACACCUAUAGGGUAUGAUGUAGCAGUGUAUUUAGAAGUGUUGAAUGAUUUAAUGAAGCUUCGAAUUAACAAGGAGUUCAAGCUAAAUAAAAUUAUACCCUUAAUUAAAUUUGUAUUAAAAUAUCAGUUGUUGCAGAUGUAUUUAAUUCAAAAAUAGAAUAUGAACAAUUAAUGAGUAAACAACAUAACAAUGUUUUGUCAAAACAUAACAAAUACAAAAUAAGAAGUGAUAGUGUAAAUAAAUAAAAUGUACGAUGUGUUAGAAAUAAAGUGGCUAUUCAAGAAGAAGAAUCAAAGGAAAUGAUCACUAUGACACCGAUACCGAGCGCCGUCGUCACUUCCUGCGCUUUGAUAUUCAUCGGUACAGUCAACGCGCUAAAAUCCGUCCAAAUAGAUGUACCAAAAGCCGUAUUAACGGGGCAGAAUGCCGAGCUCAUGUGUAGAUAUGAAUUAGAGGGGGCGCAACUAUAUUCAAUAAGAUGGUACAAAAAUAUGAUGGAGUUCUAUCGAUAUGUGCCCAAGGAAUCGCCAGCAACAAAGGUGUUCCCGGUAUCCGAGAUAAAAGUCGAUGUAGCGGCAUCAGACCAGAAUCGCGUGGUACUGACACAAGUGGACCGGACAUUGACAGGAGAGUACCAAUGCGAGGUCUCCGCUGAUGCACCCCUCUUCCACACGGAUAUCAAAGCAGCUGAGAUGGUUGUAGUAGAACCGCCUCUAAUUAGCCCAAACGUGACCUCCGACCGUAUGUCGUACGUUGGCGGUGACCACAUUCGGGCGAACUGCUCGUCACCGCCGUCACUACCAGCAGCCAAUAUCACGUGGUACGUCAACGAACAGAUGGUACCUGGAUUCACCGCAAACCACGUGUUAAACUUCAGCAAUGGUUACGCGUCCAGUUUGGCCACAUUGGAACUGGAGGCAGCGGCAUUGUCACCUGUGCCUACACUCAUGAUACGAUGUGAAGCAUCGAUAUUCGACGUGUGGAAAUCAUCAAGCCACACAUUAGUUUUACGGGAAAGAAGCGCAAAUCCAGCAUCAGCAUUAGGGAGAAGUUUUACAGGUGGAGCGACAGAAACAUGUCUACCAACAUUAAUGGUUCUCCUGCUUCAACUACUUCUACAGUUUUUGUUAAGAAUCUAUACUGAAACAUCAAUAAGAUAGCUGACUUGGUUAUAACUUUAAUAUUAAAAUAUAUGCGUAGUUUCGUCUCAGGGUUCGAAGCAAUUUGAAAAUUGUAUAUUAGAUAUAAUUAUUAUAAUAUAAAUAUUGUUAUAUGAAAAAUAGAAUUUGAUGUUUUGUUCAGUUUCAUUAUUUAAUUGUUAUUUAAAACAUUAAUUCAAUUUAAAUUAGCCAUAGAUUAAAUUCUUGAAUUUAAUAUUAGAACAAUAAAAUAAUAAGUUAUACAAAUUUGUAAAUCAUUAAUUUUACUAAUUUAUAUAAUUAAAUUCUUAAUAUUAUUGUUUUAGCUCGAGUUUCAAUUAUAUUUCAUCUAAUAUUUAUGUUAAAUUCAUCAUUACGUACCAUAUUUAUUAUUGACAUAGACUGAUUAUAUUGAAUAAUAAUUAACAAUGUACAUAAAAUAUUAAAUUUGUUUGUAAAUAGUUAUAGUACGUCAGGUUCCAUACAUAGUGUUAAUAUUUUCUAAUAAAUGUUAGUCCAAAAAUGUGUAAAAUAUUUAAUAUAAUACAUACUUAUAUUGUGGAGAGCGUUUAUACCGAAAAACUAGAAUACUCUAUAUACCAGAUAAAAGUAAUAAUCACUCAUAUGUAUUUUGACAGAAAUCUCUCUAUCAAAAUACUACUAAAAAUUGGAAUUUAUAAUUGAAAAUUUCAAGAGUAAAAUGUAAAUAGUAGGCAAAAAUUUUGUAAUACAUUUGUGUGCAAGUUGUUUCAUGAUUAAUGUAUAAGAGAAAUGGACGUUACAUUUUAAAUAAUGAUUCAUAAAUAUUAAAAUUGUUUCUUUCUUAAAACUUGACGCAUGAACUGACAUUACCAGAAUUCGGUAUAAACACUCUUAAAGAUUUGCAUUAGAAAUUAUAAUGAAAUUAAUAAAAAAAUAUAAAUAAGUUAUUUUGUUCCGUAUUAUUAUUUAACAAUGUUACAGUUUACAUUCAUAAUAAUAUUUAUAUUUCUUUCAAAAUAAAAUAAUAACAAUAAACAUUUUUUUCUAUAAUUUAUAAUUUUAAACAUUCUAUUUCAAUUAAAUUAGUUUACUAAACAAACAAUUAUUGCUUAAUGUUAUUUAUAUAUGGUUUAUGAAUGCUAUCAACCGCAAUAAUAUUUAUGGUAUAUAAAAUAACAAAUAAAUACGUCAUUUAUUGAUGUAUUUCCUUUAUAAAAGGUAUUUUAUUUUAUGUAUUAUAUAUAAAUAUAUUUAACUGUUGUUUAAGUAAUAGCAUUUAUUAUAUAAAUGUAAUUAAUAUUAUAAUCCCAAACAAUAUUUUAUUCUUUGUUAAUUUAAUUUAUAUUAUAUACUGUAAGAAGGAGGCUGUGUUUGUAGUAAAUAUAGAAUAUUAUUAAAAAUUAUUUAUCAUUAUUAUUAUUAUAAUUAUUCAUCAUCAACAAUUUAAAAUAUGAAACUGAAAUAAUUGAUUAAUGUGUUCAAAUACUUUUUUGCAAAGUUUGUAAACUUAAUAAACUAAAACGUGCGACCACGAACUAAGAUCAUUUAGCUUUUUAUACUGUUACUACUUGUGAGAUUGGGACAUCGUCUAGUGUCAAAAUACUAGGUUUUUUGUGCAUCCAAGCUUGUCAGAGUGCUUAGACCCAGCUACCCGAGGGUAGUUGUUUUUGCAGUUGAAGCUGGGGCAAAACUUCUAACUAGACGAUAUUUACAAUACAUCUCAUUAAUACAAAAUACUACUAAAGGGAUUUAAAUAAAAAUCUCAAUGAGACCGAUAAAGCUCAAAACAAUAAUUGUUUGUUCCCGAUGCGGUUUUCAUUUUCCAUAGUUGUAUUCUUGAAUUGAAAGGUUUAACUUAAUAUCUAGUGUAUGCUUUAUCUGGAUAAUCCAUCUAGAAAUUAAUUUUUCGUUGGUUUUCCUAUUUCUGAAAUUUACAAGUGCGAAAUA